AUGGACCUCCAUCGGACAGCCUUUAAGAUGGAGAACUCCUCCUACAUGCCCAGCCCGCUGACCUCCCCUGCCCUCAUGGUCCUGGCAUCAACAGCCGAGGCUGGACGAGAUGCCUCUGUACCCUGCCAACCCCCUCGGCCGUUUGGAGUGCCGGUAACUUUGGAAAAGGACAUACACCUCCCGUUCCCCAGUGGCUCAUACUCCUUCGCCUCCAUGUAUCAUCGGCAAGGAGGCUUUCCUACUCGAGACUUUCCCACCCCUCUGCUCCACCUUCACCCACAGUUUGCUCCACCCAAUCUGGACUGCUCACCUCUGGGUAUGCUCAACCACGGAGUGGUGGGGGCCUUCCGGCCGUUCUCCUCUCCACCUGAGGAGCGUGAUGCAGGGGUUUACCAGUCUGCCUUCCUCCCUGCCAAGCGCUUGAAGGGCUGUCUGGAACCAGAGGCAUCACCCCACCUCCGCUACACAGAUGUGGAGGGAAAAGAUUUUGACUUUGGGGGUGCUCAUGUCCCUACUGGUUCACCAAACACCCUGAAGAUAGCUGAGGAUGCUGGGAAGAAGCUCUUUGGCUUGUCUGGGCUGUUGGCAGAGGGUUCAUCUGGCCCAGAGGAGCACAAAGAACCAAGUAAAGUGAAGGCCCUGUAUGACACUCAGACGCCCAUGUGUCCAAUCUGUCAUGCUGUGCUGCGGCCAGGAGAGCUGCAAGAACACAUGGAGCAUGAAAUGGAGCGUCUAAUGCAGCUGCACAAAAGUCAGGGUCCCGCUCAAAAGGAGUGUCUCGCUGCUGGUCCGCCUAAGUCUCUGUUCUCAAUGCAUAUAAAGAGAGAGGGUUCCUCCUCUGCCUCCUCUCCACGUCCCGCUGACGAGGCUGUGCACUCUGACAGGUACCAGACAUUUUUGCGAGUACAAGCAAACAGGCAAACAAGACUCAAUGUUAAGGAGCUCUGCUGGUGCAGGUGCUACGCCAAACAGAAAGUGAAAUCUGUUCAUGAUUGGCCUGACUGUGGAUUCCCACAUGUGUCCUCUUGCCCACUGUCUGCACGUAUUGGGAAACUGAAAAGACGGAAAGCAGGGGAAGACCAGAGAGACAGCGUGUGUGUUGUUGAAGAUGUGCUGUCAGCCGGGAGGGAGUUUGAAUGGGCCGAACAGAGAAGAAUACAGAUGGUUUCUGUUCUCAGAGGCUUCAGAGGUUUGGUGAGCAGCACAUUGAAAGAACAUCAGGACAGUGAUGCAGAGAAUAGAACGCAUAUUUUUGUACCUGAUCCAUCACCCCUCUCCAAUAGCUUACCGGAUGACCCCUCCCUCACUACACUGGAGGCCCUGAAAACACGGAUCAGAGAUCUGGAGAAGCAGCUCACACGAGGGGACAGAUUCAAGUGUCUCAUCUGCAUGGACUCCUACACAGUACCUCUGACCUCCAUCCAGUGCUGGCAUGUCCACUGUGAGGAAUGCUGGCUUCGCACCCUGGGAGCCAAGAAACUGUGUCCACAGUGCAACACUAUCACCUCACCCGGGGACCUGAGACGAGUGUAUUUGUGAAGAGUUACAGCUGUCCUGUCAUCUGCCUGUUUGCACUCUACACAAACGGAUCACUUUUACUGAGGAGAAUCUUUCUGGGCCGAUGCAAAACUUCGAGGACGUCUUGCCCAACAGAGUCAUUGCCCAAAAGUUCCUGUCGGAAUGCAACCCAGUUACAUGAAGACCACUGUGUUCAUUUCUUAAUGAAAUGGUAAAGUUUUAAAGUACAAAUCUGCCGUAACAGUAUUGUAAGGACAGUAAAA